UUUUGCGGGGCGUAACUGCGACCAUGACGGGUGACAGCAGCCGCGACGCUACUAGAAAUGACGCUAAACCGGCCGAAAGCAGCGCCACAGCGGAGUACUGCGCCAAGUUGCAGCAGUGGAUGUGGCAGUAUUACUGGGGCUACGCCAGCUGGCAGAGCUGCCUGGCGCUGUCCGCCUUCCCCUUCACUCCGCCGUGCGGUGUCCCUCCGCCGGGCACAGGCGCCCAGACCCAGCCGGGGACACCUGCCUCGACCACCGGGAGCGAAGUUUUUUAUGAUACGCGGAACUGGUACAGCUACCCGUAUCCUCUCGGCUUCCCCGGGUCCUCGCCUCACCCGGGUGGCACCCAGACCGGGCACAGCUUAGCCACGACCCCGCUCUCAGCGAGUGAUGCCCGGCCAGCGCAGCAGCAGCAGCAGCAGCAGACCGGGAAUCCUCCGCAGGCAGGACGAGAGUACACCAUCCCCUCUCCUCUCCAGAGGUUCCUGGCUGAGACAGUGGACUUCUUCAUCCUGUUUUGUGUGAAGGCCACCAUCGUGCUGUGGAUCAUGCAUCUGAGUGGGAUGAAGGACAUCGCCAAAUUUAUCACCCACUUCAUCGUGGAGGAGAUCGAUGAGAACACGUCCAUGGAGGACCUGCAGAAGAUGAUGGCGGUUGCUUUGGUCUACAGAAUACUGGUGUGCGUCUAUGAGACGAUCUGUAUCUGGGGUGCUGGUGGCGCUACUCCGGGGAAGUUCCUGCUCGGCCUGCGGGUGGUGACGUGUGAUACGUCCACUCUGGUUCGACCCAACCGCGUUCUUGUGGUUCCAGCAUCUAACGUCUCCCUCUCAGCCUCCACAGUGCGGGCGUUGAACAAGAACUUCUCCAUUGCCUUCCUCUUUCCCGUCUUCAUCACUCUCCUCUUCUUCCAGCACAACAGGACUGUUUAUGACAUUGUGGCGGGGACCAUAGUCGUCCAGCGCAGAGGGGGCAGAUAGCUCCCCUCUAACUCUCUUCUACUUGGCAUUUGUGUGUAUGUAGGCCUGUAUGUCCUAAAUAUCUGGAACAUGUAAUUGAAAUCUAAUUCAGCGAUGCACUGGAGAAUGACUUUCCUGAAUGAAACUUGGACCGCACUUUAAAAUGAGACGUAUGCAGUUUGUGGGACGGUGUGAUCAAACACGUGACACGUUUUGCUGUAAAGCUUUUAAUUUAUACGACCAGAACGAGAACAAAAAAAAAAAAAGCUGUGAGGACACCUUAUUUAAGUAUUGUAAUUUUUUGCUAAAUGCAAAGUAUGUGAAGCUAAACAGGGUGCUAUUAUGGGACAUUCUGAGUUUUCUCCUCAUAUGAUGUGAAACUUCAUAUGCAUAUUAUGUUGCUGUUAUAUAUUGUUUGUUUAUUUGUUGUGAAGCUAAACGCUCCUAUUGAGGGGAUUUGACGUUUUCUUUUUCCUUUGGUGACCUCUAGUGGCUGUUACUGGAAUUACACCAGAUCCCCUCCAUUUUUUUUCAUUAUUUAAUUUUUCAACAGAGACAAUAUGAUCAUUGUUAAUCGAUCCUUUCAGAAUAAGAGUCCUACCAACACAACCGAAAUUAUUAGGUACUAAUCUUUACAGCAUUUUUUUUUUUCAAGGUGAUAAUGGUCAAUCAAAUGUUUGGUUUGCAGAUCUUUCUUUGUGUUGUGAUCAUUCUCACACGCUCACACUGAAGAACAUCAGGCCAGGCUUCUUUCUAUCCAUUUUCUGUGCCUAUGGAUAUUUCGAUGAAGUAUUGUUUUGAUAUGGUGAAACAAAAAAAACGAAAGCUCAUGGAUGUAUGAGGUUCAAACGUAAGUAAUCGCGUUUGUAAAUUCUCUGCUCCUAUUUUCUGUCCUCAGACUUAUCAUUUUUGUGACUCAGGGCAAAUGUUUAGCGUCAGAGAACCACUGUCUUGACUGAUUACUGAAUGCUAUUGAUAUUGUCAGGUUUCUACUUAUGCACAAUGUAAAACACUGCUGGUAUUAAAUAUUAUUAAUGAUUUAUUCACAUUUUAGUUAUCUGGUUUAGAAGUCUAAGCUGACUUAAAUCCACCAUAUGGCCUCUCAUUUUCUGAAUCACAGUUGUGGAGUUUGUUUUAGUUUGUGUUAUGCCAAAAGAUUUGUCAAACAUCAGCUCUGCUCGUCCUACAAUUACUCUGAAAUUCAGGGAUCGUCAUAAGUCACAGCUGGUUAAAAAAAAAAAAAGGCAGAAUUAGAAUUUAAAUAAAAAUCUGACAUUU